AUGCACCACCCUCUCCCGACGCAGGUGUUCUCCGUCAGCACACAGUGCCUGCAUAUUUAUAAAAACCCUGGUUUGUUUGGUGGUUUAGCACGUCGUAUAGUCUCGAAAAUGAACCCUGCUCCCUACUCGACCUCCAAUGGCUGCCCGGUGUUCAACCCGUAUGCCUCGCAACAGAUUGGCACUCCGGGGCCUCUUCUCCUUCAGGACCACCACCUGAUUGACCUGCUCGCCCACUUUGAUCGUGAGCGUAUUCCCGAGCGAGUUGUCCACGCCAAGGGAUCUGGUGCCUUUGGGUACUUUGAGGUCACUGACGAUGUCUCCGACCUCACCAAGGCCGCUUUUCUCAAUGGCGUCGGCAAGAAGACCCGUACUUUUACUCGUUUCUCCACCGUCGGUGGUGAGAUGGGUUCCGCGGAUGCUGCUCGUGAUCCUCGUGGCUUUGCAACUAAGUUCUACACCGAGGAGGGCAAUAUCGACUGGGUCUACAACAACACCCCGAUUUUCUUCAUCCGCAACCCGUCCAAGUUCCCGCUUUUCAUUCACACCCAGAAGCGCAACCCGCAAACCCACCUCAAGGACCCUGACAUGUUCUGGGACUACCUUGUGCAGAAUCAGGAGGCCGUCCACCAGCUGAUGGUGCUGUUUUCAGACCGUGGCACUCCCGCUGACUUCCGCCACAUGCACGGUUAUUCCGGCCACACCUACAAAUGGGUCAAGAAGGACGGCUCGUUCAACUAUGUUCAGAUUCACAUGAAGGCUGACCAGGGCAUCAAGACUCUGAACAAUGAGGAGGCCACUAAAAUGUCAGGUGAGAACCCUGACCACGCGCAGGAGGACCUUUUCCGAGCCAUUGAGCGCGGCGAGUUCCCCUCGUGGACCUGCUACGUCCAGGUGAUGAGCCCCCAGGAGGCUCGCCAGCAGAACUUCAGCGUCUUCGACCUGACCAAGACCUGGCCCCAGUCCAAGUUCCCUCUUCGUCGCUUUGGUCGUCUUGUUCUUGACCGCAACCCGGACAAUUACUUUGCUGACGUCGAGCAGGCUGCUUUCUCGCCCUCCAACACCGUCCCUGGUGUCGAGCCCUCUGCUGACCCGGUUCUGCAGUCGCGUCUUUUCUCCUACCCCGAUACUCACCGUCAUCGCUUGGGUGCUAACUUUUACCAGAUCCCGGUCAAUCGUUGCCCUGUUGCGCACAAUCCAUUCAUCCGCGACGGUCCUAUGUCUGUUGACGGCAACAACGGUGCUGAGCCCAACUAUCCCUCGUCGUUCGCUCCUAUGCCCUAUCGUCAGGACUUGAACCCGUCCAACACCCUCAGCGAGGAGUGGCACGGUGCCGCUACCUCUUUCCACUGGCAGGCCACCGACGCCGACUUUGAGCAGGCUGGCCAGCUGUGGGAGGUGUUUGGCCGCACCAACCAGCAGGAUGCCCUUGUCCAUAAUCUGUCCGUCCACGUCCAGGGCGCCAAGCCCCAUAUCCAAGACCAGGUCUUUGCUAUGUUCGCUCGCGUCAACCCUGAGUUGGGUCGCCGUCUGCGAGCUGCCACUUUGGCCCUGGCUCCUCGCAAGCAACCUAAUAUGUAA